AGUCACCUCGUCGUGUCGGUCAGGAGAAGCUAUUGACGGCUAGCAGCUAACUGGUGACCAGAGCUGCCGGGAAGGUCAAUACUGGACUGCAGCAUCCUCUCCUGUUCUUCAGCUAACUGGACAUUUAUGUAUCUGACAACAUCACUUUUCGAAAAAAGGAUUUUGAACCUGUUAACUCUUUUUAGAAAGAUAGUUAGCUAGCUUACCUUUUAGCGAGCUAGCUUCAAGUCCCCUUUUCCAGCUGUCCUCAUAUCAUCUGAACAUCUACAAUCAUGGCUGCACUGAGAGCCUCCUAUCACAGGAUUUUGAACAAGAUUGAGUUUAUGCUGCCCUCCAAACUCAGACCUCUAUACAACCACCCUGCAGGUCCAAAAACAGUUUUCUUCUGGGCCCCAGUGUUCAAAUGGGGCCUGGUCGUAGCUGGAUUAGCUGAUAUGACUCGGCCAGCAGAUAAACUCAGUGCCUCUCAGUCCGGAGUGCUGACAGCCACAGGCCUCAUCUGGUCCAGAUACUCGUUGGUCAUAAUCCCAAAGAACUGGAACCUGUUUGCUGUCAACUUCUUUGUGGGCAGCGCAGGAGCCUCACAGCUCUACAGGAUUUGGAGUCACAAACAGGAACAGAAGGCUUUGGCUUUGAAAGAGGCUGCGGAGUCCUGAGUGUUUCUGUUGCCAACGCUCGUCCACAGUGGACUGAAAGGGAGACUUCACACCGGGCAGCGACCUGCCCCUUCUCAUCAUCUCUGCAUCCCAUGUCGUCUCCGUAACAUCCAUGCCAUAACCAUUAUUCUGCCACAUUUAGCCUGUUUUCCCUGUUGGAAAUAUGCACUUUUCCUUAAGUUUAACAUUUCCUCAGGGUGUUUAAAACAACAACAAAAAGAAUACGUUUUUUAACUGUAGUCAACACACACUCAAGAAAGGUGGUCAUCAACGCACAAGUAUUACAAUUCAACAAACUGUAGAAUUGUGCAUUCUUUAAUUUAACUUUGUAUCUCACACACUCGUUGGGAAGUUUUGCUUUUUUCCACCGCUGUCGUUCAGGUGUAGCAGUCAUUACCUCAUGCAAUAGCUUCCCAAAUAUGUAACUCUUGGAUAUGUGUUGAAUGUGGUUUAAGGAAUGUUUCCAAAUGAAAUUAAGGAUUUUAUCACAUUAAUCUUCUCAUUACUUAUUUAUAAUUUGGUUACAGUCACGGCAUCUGUACCAGAGUGAUUAUUAAAUAAUUAUUGACGACCAUGUAAUGAUUCCUUCCAUUUUUAAUGGCUUUAAUAAUUUUAAUUUAUGUGAGAAAAUUAUAGUUUAUAAAUUAAUGGCACUUGAUUAAACUUUCUUUUCUAGUCCAAACUGUAUAGAAAUAUGCUGUUAUUUUCUGAUUCUUUAUCAUGAACACUUCAAUGGCGCAUGUUUAAACCUGUGCAGCUUUUUAUUGAUUGUUACUUAAGAGUCCAUUAAUACUGGUACGGAACCAUUAACGGCUCUUUAUAAUCAAAACCUCGCUGUCCAAUGCCUCUUUGUUCUUAGAAAGGUGUUUUAUGUGUUCAUUUAAGGAUGAUAUUUUCACUGAAGUGACUCAUUUUAAUCCCACAACAAUUUUAGCAAUAAUUUAUGUAUUCGCUUUGAAAUAUCACUUGAUCUGCUGACUGUUUGAACAAAGGGCACUUUGAGGGUUGAUCAUUCUGGCUCUGUGGAAAUGUAAUGGCUAUGUAAUGAAAAUAAAUCCUGUUUAACACCAGCA